CGGACACGUACUUCCGGUGAUAGCGGAAGUACCCGCCACACGUCCAUCAAAAGCAAUAUUAAUGGCUUUUGUAUAAAAUACUGUCAAAUACAGAAGAACCACGUUCAAAUGGAGCGUAUGCAUUGAGAAAUGAUGCUUGAUAUCGCGCAAAGAGGCGGUGAGCACCGUGCGUGAGCGGACACCGGAGCUGAUUCUCCGUAUGAAGGGGAGGAGGCUCAACAUGGAGGACUGCUUGCACGCGUCCUCUGACAGUCUGGCUAAACUGGUGAAAUGGGCCCACAGUCACGGGACGAUCUGCACCUUGAUCCCCAACCUCAAACACAUGCUGAACGAGGGCUCUCACGGGACCCUCACGGCCCUGUGGGGCUGCAGCGCGGGGCACGCCUACCACUGGCCCCUCAACACCACCUGCAAAAAAACAAACAAGGAACGCAACCUAGAAAGCCGGAGCAUCAACACGGACAGCAUGAUCCAGGCGGUCUCCAUCAUGCAGAACACCUCAGAGCGCUUCCUCGGCAGCGGCGCCAAAAACAAGAGCGAUUCCAGUCAGAUCCACAACUCCUGCGACAUCUCCAACUGCAGCGAGCCGUCCGAGAUCGACGACAACGGCGAGGAGUACAACAGCCACCUGUACGACAUCGUCUGCGAGUCCUCGGCCACCGAUGAAGACGGCGACUCCGACUUCAAUCACGCCUCAAAUAUCACGCCCAGGAAAAGAUCGGGAGCUGAGGACAGCACUGACCCGGCGUUGAAGAAAAUCAAACAGGAGAGAGGCGAAGACUAUUACAGUGUGGCCAACCCUCAGAUGCCCAGCAGCUCGGAUGUGAAGCUCACCACACAGUCACCCAAACCCAACGUCCACACCACCCCAUCAUCCAGGUCUUCAAUGUCCCAGAAGCCUUCCUCAGUAGACGGGGACUCCAUGACGGUCUCCUCGUCACCGCUGGACAACUCCCCUUCGUCCAUGAUCAAACCCCUGCGUGCACCGUUCCACGUGACCCAGAACAAAAUGCAGGUGAACUCGAACCCAGCUUGCAGUCAGAGUUUGGCCACCUUGCCCCAUUCGGGAAGGAUUGACGCUAUGGGGGUGCUGCACAGGGACGAGUAUCCCAGGCCUUCCUUGUCUUACGGAGAGGCUUCUGUGGGGGUGAACCCUGAGAUGGAUCUUCUAGCAGCACAGGAACUAAAUACAGAAGCUCGAGCGGACAACACAGGUUCACAGGAGAAGAUGGAUUACGCUGUGAUUUUGAAAGCCCUCCAUGAGCAUCUGAUUCCAGCCGCACACGGUUCAGAAGAGCAGUUCUGCCCGUCAGAUCUCAGUCCAAACAAUGAGAGGUAUUUUGAAGAGAGAAAACACCUGGAAGAGUUUAUAACAAGCAUAGAUACGAUAACUCUACAAAACCUGCAGACGGUCAUUGAUCGGAUCCUGGUGUUUCACGAGCGGACGCAGAUGCCUCUGUCCAGUCCGGCCCGGCUCGGGGAGCAGGAGCUGUUUCCGGGGAGCGGACUCUACCUGCCGCACUACAAGCUGGCGUCCAUGCUGCAGGAGUCCCGGCAGGACAGCAUGAGACUGUUCCACCUGCUGUUCGAGCACUUCUUCAGCGAGGAGGAUCUGAACGGAGCCGUGGCUUUUGGGAAGAGGGGGAAAGUCCCAGACGGGAAAAAGAUCUUGGACAGAAGAAGAGUGGAUGGGAUUAUGUCGUAUGUUCUGCGAUGUUCUACUAUAGACGGAUGGACACCUGUGGAGUCAUCUAAGCUGAAGAAGGCCUGUAUUAAUAAAUGCAGGCUUCGAAUCGGUCAGAAAAAGAAGCAAGAAUCUUCUCAAGAGUCCUUUAUUUUUUGUGACGAACAAUCUUCAGGCAAAAAUGACCCUUCCUAUAUGUAACUGCUGAUCCCCAAAAAUGUCCAUUCACGUGCAAAUGCUAUUAUUAUACAUACAGCUGAAAGGAAACCAGUGGUUUAAUGGAAGUCUUGGACAUACAGUAAACGAUUCAGUUUGGAAUCAUUUAAAGUUGAUUCAGUUCAGCUACUACAGCACUAACAGAUGAAAGAUUCAGAGUCAGACACAUGAACCAUUUCUAUUCCAUUCAUUUCAACAAAACCAACAUUAUCUAUACUAUUAGAGUUACUGGCUAUUGACAUGUUUAGUCAACACAAACCUGUUUUUAACCAUCUAAACCUUUAAAAUAGUCUAGUGGCUAUUCAUGUUAGUAUCCAUGUAGCAUUGUAACAAUCAAGACGGGAUAUUUUGAGUUUUCUCAAACCAUUUUGAUGGUUUUUACUCAUACCCAAUAUCUUUAUAUAUAAAAAUGUGAAUUAUCACUAUUUAAAAACCACCUUUAUUACUUUUUUUCCUCUGUUGGUUCCAUGGGAUGAUCUGUUUUAUCGAUCAGCAUCACACUAAAUUGACAUUCGUGUCAUUCCUUGUGCAUGACUCACAGACAAAAGGUUUAUAAGCAUCCCACAAGUUUUACUACUCUACUGUUUCUUAUUACAUGUCAUUUUUACUUGACUGAAAUCAUGGCGACCAAACAUCAGCUAAUAAAGUCACUGCCAGAAAUGUGAGAUUAGGUUUAUUCAACAGUUAACAACCUCUGUGUUCACGAUAUCCCCAAAUUCCUUAGUAUGAAAUGAUGCAAUGAGUGUGUAGUGAAAAAGUCACUCAAGGGCUUCCAUAUUUACAAUAUUUAAUGGGAUUCUUUGGAUGGCAUUAGUAAAGCAGACUCUAAAAGAGUGGAGAGCUCAGUAAGUCAGAUCACGUUUCACAAGCAAGCAUUAUGUUUCUUAUAAAAACUGGCAUGUGGUAUGUAUAAGCAUUUAUUAUGGUUAUGAAAGGUCAGUCUUUUCAUGGUUAGGAAGUCUUCACCUGACUGGUUUUAAAAGUCUUUGUACCUAUAAUCUGACGCUGAAUUUAUCUGAGCACAUCUACAAAAACUGAUGUUUAUUUACAAGUGUGUAAAUACUCCAUUAUCCUGGUGUGUCUUAAGUGGUCUUAUUUGUCAUUUUCUGAUGCGUUACAAUAAAGUCAAUGACAAAA